AUGUUCAAUAAUUUUUUGAAUACUGGUAAGAAAAACUGAUGUUAAUUUUGAAUUAUGAAUUUUUUUGUUAUUUUUAAGUUGGAAAUGCUGCCAAAACAAUUGGACAAGCUGUUGAAGAAUCGAACAAAAAUAAUCAACAAGGAGAACAACAAGAUAUCGAAGAAACUGGUAAGUUUAUCAGAUUACUGUAGGUAUAUUAUUCCGGGGUUUCAAAAUUUUCAUUUGGAAUAAAAUAUGAAAAACAUAAAAUUUGCAUGAUAUUUUUUCAACUAUUAUAAGUAUUUUUAACUGAAGAAGUUUCGGCAUACAUUUUUAGUUGGAAAGUUCUCCGGAUUACUGUAGUCCAAUUUGGCUUCGGAUUUCAAGUUUUUGAAAAUUCCGAUAAUGCUAUCUUCAAAAAAUGCCACGUGAAAAAUAUUUUUUUUCACACAAUGUUGAAAUUUUUAGAAUCCAUUGUCUAAUUGUAAAUUAAAAUAAACACUUUUAUUUUUCAGUUGGAAAAGUCGAUUCAAAAGAUGGAAAAGUUCAAGUAACCACUGUUCAAGAUCAUCAAGAGAAAAAAGCCACAGAACAACAAUCUGGAAAAGGUUCUGAUUUCUUGAGUGGACUUUUGAAUGUUGCACAAACUGUUGGAAAAAGUUUGGAAGAGCAACAAAAACAAAAAGCUGCCAAAGAAAAUGAGGAGGAAACUGGUUGGUUUUAACUCUCUCCUUUCUUUUUUAUAUUUUAAAAAUCCUUUGCAGUUGGCAAAAUCGAUUCUCAAGGUGGAAAAGUUCAAGUGAACACAAUUCAAGAUGAGAAAAAAGCAGAAAGCUCAUCAAAAGGUGCUGAUAUUCUUAGUGGACUUGUUCAAGUUGUUGGAAAUAGUUUGCACGAUUAUCAGAAUAAACAACAAAAGGAAGAGAAAAACGAAGUUCCGGAAGUUCAAGGUGGCGCAGCUUCGAAACCAGCAGGAGAUGGUGGAUUUUUGAGUGGAUUGGCAAAUGUUGCAAGUGAUAUUGGAAAUGCAAUCGAGAAACAAAAGAAAGAAGAAGAGGAAAGAAAAAGAAAAGAAAAACAAGAAGCUGAUAUGAAAGCGCUUGGAGAUAAUAUUAGUGGUUUUGGUGAGUUUCGUAAUGGAAUGUAGGAAAUAUUCUGGGAUUCAGAAAAAUUAGAAAAUUAUCAGCCCCAUAUUAUUUUUCUCUAUUUUCAGUUGGUGGAUUGUUCAAAAAAGAUGGCGAAAAGAAGCCAGAGAAACCUGUAGAAGUUACAUUCAAAAACGAAGCUGUUAUCGACGAUAUCGAGGGAGAAAUUGGAAAAGUCACAACUUCUGGAUAUACCUCAGCUGUGCAAAAACAAUGA